AUGUGCGCGUGGCGUAGCGCCUUUUCCACGCCACCACACUCGCAUCCGCGAUCCCUGCUAGGAGAGGACAGAGUAGCAGCCAUUCCAGGUCGCACCUCCAUUUUCCCCCAUGUCGCAUAUCCCCUUACCCGUAGGUCGCACCUCCCUUUCCCACCAGGUCGCACCUCCGUUUCCCCCCAGAUCGCGUAUCCCCUUACCCGCAGCACACCUGAAUUGCACACCUCCCUCAUGCUCCCUCAUCUCCCUCCCCCCUGUCCUCCUCCCUCCCCCCUGUCCUCCUCCCUCCCCCCUGUCCUCCUCCUCCCUCCCCCCUGUCCUCCUCCCUCCCCCCUGUCCUCCUCCCUCCCCCCGUCCUCCUCCCUCCCCCGUCUCCUCCUCCCCCCUGUCCUCCUCCCUCCCCCCUGUCCUCCUCCCUCCCCCUGUCCUCCUCCCUCCCCCCUGUCCUCCUCCCUCCCCCUGUCCUCCUCCCUCCCCCCUGUCCUCCUCCCUCCCCGCUGUCCUCCUCCCUCCCCGCUGUCCUCCUCCCUCCCCCCUGUCCCCUCCCUCCCCCUGUCCUCCUCCCUCCCCCCUGUCCUCCUCCCUCCCCCCUGUCCUCCUCCCUCCCUCCCUCCCCCCUGCCUCCUCCCUCCCCCCUGUCCUCCUCCCUCCCCCCUGUCCUCCUCCUCCCUCCCCCCCUGUCCUCCUCCCUCCCCCCUGUCCUCCUCCCCUCCCCCCUGUCCUCCUCCCUCCCCCCUGUCCUCCUCCCUCCCCCUGUCCUCCUCCCUCCCCCCUGUCCUCCUCCCUCCCCCCUGUCCUCCUCCCUCCCCCCUGUCCUCCUCCCUCCCCCUGUCCUCCUCCCUCCCCCCUGUCCUCCUCCCUCCCCCCUGUCCUCCUCCCUCCCCCCUGUCCUUCUCUCUCCCCGCUGUCCUCCUCCCUCCCCCCUGUCCUCCUCCCUCCCCCCUGUCCUCCUCCCCCCCUUGUCCUCCUCCCUCCCCGCCGCUGGCAGGACUUGGGUCGGUUGUUGCACCUUGA